AUGGCUAUUGCACGCCUCCAGACCAUAGUCGCCUGUAUGACAUGCGCUGAGCCCAAGGACACCACGUACGCCGACGAGAAGCUCGCGCUCCUUCGCGACGAUGACAUCCGCUGUGCCAUAGAUAUAGCAGACGAUGUGGUCAACACUAUGCUCCGCACCGCGACUACCGGUCACGCGUUACGAAUGCAACUCGACUCCAUCGUUGGCGUCUAUGGCUGGAAAGAAAACAUCGCGAAGUGGGUGCUCGAGAAACUCACGUUAGCCCUCCAAGACGCACACGAGACGCUCGGUCCAGCAAUGCGCGAUGCAUACCACAAGGCCUGGGACGUCGCUCGGAGCAUCGAAGGCUUCGUUAUCGAGCACCCGAUCAUGUGCACGAUGAUCGCCUUGGGCGUGCUAGCCAUACUAUCUCCCUGGGUCCUCGAGGCGCUAGGAUUCGCGGAAGCAGGGCCCGUUGCAGAUACUUUCGCCGCAUGGUGGCAGUCGACAUACGGCGGGCUCGUGCCAAAAGGGUCGUUGUUCUCUUUCUUGCAGCGCUUAGGCAUGACGUGGCAUCUCCUUUGCAUCUAA